CUGCUUGGCGGCCGCUGGCGCUGCGUUUUCGCCCUCACAACCGCGCGAGGCGGUGCUUUUAUUUAUUUUUUAUUAUUUUUUUAAAGAUUUAUUUAUGCAUAUAGGAACUGGGAUACAGGCCAGAGGUGUGGGGGGCGAGAGGAUUCACCACAGAGCGGGGAACCGAACAGGCAGGUUGACUGAAAUACACUGCUGAGGGGAGCAACGGGCGAGUCAGGAGAAGUUUGCCGUGCCACGUGGGCAUCUCCCCGGCCGGGCAUCGAAUUCCUGAUGCAGUGCAUGGGGACAGCUUCAUAGGUUGUGUCUUAACCUUUUGCGCCACCAGGGAGGCCCAGAUUGACCAUCUUUUUAGUGAUUAGUUUCUCUCUGUUUAUUUUCCACAAAGAAAUAAGUUCUGUAAAGUGCCUGUAUGUGAUGACUGAAAGGUUCGGCGCAGUAAAGAAAAGGAGAGCCAGGCUACAUUUCUCAAAGGGAGGGAAAGUUUAUUGCGCCCCAGGCGGACCUCACAGACCCAACGCGGGGGUCAGUGGAGUCGCGCACGUUGUUAGGGGGAAGCAGGAUUUUAUAGGGUGAGGAGAGGUCAGGUGGGUAGUUGGGCUCUAAGGUGGGAAAAGUUUGUAGGGCAGGUAGAGGUUCUUUGUCUGAGAUGAGACUCGUAGGGAGUGGGGGGAGGCUCAUUGUCUGAGUCCUCCAGGCAGGUAUCCACAUUCCUGCCCCCCAGGUGGGCUUCCUGGUUGGCUCCUGCAUUCUGGCUUCCUGCAUGGACCUUUCAAUGACAAACAGCCUUGCAAAGUCGUGUAGACAGAAGCAUGAUGGGUGUAGCCAUGGCUUGCCACACCAACAAAUCCCAGGUCACACAGCAUCUGGAUUCAUGUCUUCAUGACAUGCAGUCGGCUACAUUGCUCUCUCCUCAGCAGUCCUUGUUGUUGACUGGAUACUUAUUCUGAGACAAUCCAUCUAAUAAACGUGCCCCAAAUGCCUGCUGUGGGCUGCUGCUGUUUUGGGGGCUGGGUCACAGGAAGGAGAUGCUGUCCCUACCUCUCAGGAACACAUGUUCUUGAACAUCAGAACUGGGCAAAUGAGUAACUCUGAGUUCCAGGAAAUUACCAAGGGAGCACAGGUCUGCAAGCCAUGGGUUGCACGGCAUCUUGGGAGUAUUAUUUUUACAUUUUUUUUUCUUCCUCCCUGGUGGCACAAGGGGUUAAGUCACAGCACUAUGAAGCUAUCAGCAGCCAUGGCAGCACAGUUUGAUCCCCAGCACAGUUCGAUCCCAGGCAGGGAGCUGACCCACAUGGCUCAGAAGACCUCUCCUGUCUUAACCGCUGCUUCCCUCUGCAGUGUAUUUCAGUCUGCCUGUUCUGUUCCCCACUCUGUCUCUGGUGAAUCCUCUCAUCCCCCACACCUCUGGCCUGCACCCCAGAUCUUGUAUGCAUAAAUAAAAUAAAAUAAAUCUUAAAAAAAAACCAAGCAUGGCGAAGAAGAGCAGGAAACCACUGCUGCUGCGACUGCCCCAGUUAUGCCAGAGGAACCUGAUGACCCUGUUGAUAGCUGUUCAGCCAUCAUUGCCUGAAAGCAAGCUCCUCCCAGUGCUGCGGAUUGCUCAGCAGGACGCAAGCCCUGACCCUGAUGUCUGGCUCAGAGCCCUGGGGGAAUUGCUGCGAAGAGAUCUGGGACUUGGGUUCUCCACUGAAGAAGCGUCCCCAUUGUCUAAAAGGUGCCAGAGUCAGCUCCAAGGCCUAUGUAGGCAGUUGUGCCAAGGCGGCAGGAGAUUGAAGUUGCCCCAGACCCCAAACCCCAAAGAGGAAGAAGAGAGGGACUCCCAGCAGCCUGGGAAGCGCAGAAAGGAGCCAGAAGAUGACCCUGGCAGUUCCCAAGGGGAAAGGACUCCCAAACGAUUCCGUUGUUUGGAAAUAGAAGAAGAAUGUCAUGAGACAGCUGAGCAGGAAUCAUUGGAAUCCCUGGCAGAUGGAGAAAGUACAUCACCUGUUAAGAAGCCACAUGUUGUGGGGGUGGAGCCCAGAGAGCCUGGUCAGAGUCUGGAGGAUGCUAAGGGCACAGCUGCGAGUUUGGAGUUGCCCAAAGCUAUCCAGGACUUGGUUCCCAGGCUGCAGCAGCGGCUAAAGACCUACAGAGAGGGGUUGGAGAGGCUGGAAGGUGACCCCCCAGUUGAGCUGCAGCUUCUCCAUGAAUGUAGUCCCAGCCAGAUGGACCUGCUGUGUGCCCAGCUGCAGCUCCCGCAGCUCUCGGACACAGGUCUCCUGCAGCUCAGCACCUGGCUGCUGGCCCUCUCACCAGAUCUCAGCCUUGGCAACGCUACUGUGCUGACCAGGAGCCUCUUUCUUGGGCGGAUUCUUACCCUGACUUCCUCAGCCUCCCGCCUGCUCACGACUGCCCUGACCUCCUUCUGUGCCAAGUAUACCUACUCUUUCUGUAGAGCCCUCCUUGGUCCUGUGCUCCAGGCCCCAGGAAUAGGUCCAGCUCAAACAGAGUUACUGUGUUGCCUUAUGAAGGACAGGUCCCUGGAGCCAGACACUCAGCUUCUACUGCUAGGGCAGAUCUUGGAGCUUCCCUGGAAGGAAGAGACUUUUUCAGUGUUGCAGGCACUCUUGGAGCGGCAGGUGGAGAUGACCCCUGAGAAGUUCGAUGUCUUGAUGGAGAAGCUCUGUAAAGAAGGGCCAGCAGCCUGUACAUCCAUGGCCUACGCCAAGCUCAUGCUGACAGUGAUGAACAAGUAUCAGGCCAUUAUCACUGAGACUCAGAGGCUGGGCCUGACCACAGCUCUGGAACCCAACACCACUUUCCUCAGGAAAUCCCUGUGGGCUGCCCUGCGACAUCUGGCGCCCUGACCAUCUACCGAGGGACCACACUCCUGGAGCUACCUUGCCAGAGUCCUGAAGGACACUUCUGCCCUCAGCACCUCACCCUGACCCCUUGACCCCUUGCCUGCAAUGAGCCUUGUUAUUCUAGGAACCAGCUGCCUCUCUGCUCCAGGCUGCAGAGAGGCGAUCUAGGCCUCCCAGCCAGCAGGGAGGGUCCUGAACUAAAUGGGCCAGAUGAGCUGUAUUUCCAAGUGCUGCUGACCCUGCGCUAACUCCUUGACAUUGCUUCCUCAGGCUGAGGGGACAGAAACUGAUAGGCAGAAUGGUCAGAGCAGAACCAGAGGAGAUGAAUGAUGCUCCAGGAGCCCUGUAAUCUCAAGUGUGUAUUAGGACCUUCUGUGUACUUAUUUCUGGCUGGAAUAAUUUAUCAUUGGUAUUUAAUAAAAAGCAGAAAAUUCAAUAAUGUCUUAUUAGAAGCAGUACCUGCCUGCCUAUUAACUGGGUGUAUGUUGAAAGUGAACAUUCACAUAGAUACACACAUACAAACCUCACUCCCAUCCUGCUCAGUGACAAGGGUCAUCUUUUUCCUGGUGGUUGUGAAGUUCAUUCAUUCAUUUUCUGUCGGGCCAGAUAAUAUGUGAUACCACCAGCUCCAGUCCCACCACGGACGGGGGCUGAAAGCUGGGGGUGAUUUAGUGUGGAGUUUGGAAAGGCUUUUGGGCAGAUGAUAUUUCAGGAGAAAUCCGAAGGGCUGCUGGGUUUAAGUUAUUUGUGCUGAGAAGAGGCUGGGGCCUGUUGGACCCAGGAAAGAGCAGAAGAAACCUUAAGAGUUUGCAAUACCGUGGGCAAGUCUGUCGUCCAUCCUUAAAUUCCCACUGUGCCUAGCCAGGCCCUUCUAGUAAACGCUCACCUGAAUCAACUGUCAGGUGAAAGUUCAUUCCAGUACCUUGCCAGCUCUCCCCCACUUUAAAGCUUGAGAGGCUAGGAGCAGAGCCUUGAGUCUUGAGCUUUCCUUUCUCAACUUCCUCUCAGAAGCCAUGAGUCCCCAGUUAGAACCAGAUGAGGAGGGAGAGGUCAGGAGUAAAGCCUGCUUCAGAGAGCUGAAGCGGGUGCCAGGGUCAGCUGGAAGUGGACAGCGGAGAUUUGAGACAAAACACAGGAAUUGCACGCUCUCAGCGGCGAUCACGGUGCGGUGCCCAGGACGUGCGACUAUUGAAGCUUGAACCCUGGACCCGGUCUGUUCCCUAAGAGCCUGGCAGUAGCGGGCGCGAAUAGCGAUCUCGGUGCAACGGGGCGCG